AUGCGGCAAGCAGGAGAUGCCAUUGCCCCGAUCUUGUGUCAGAGCAGCGCAGGAUUCCUUUCUUCGGCUUCAGGUGCUGCACUGCGACAUCAUCGCGGAGCCCGGGACGGUGCCCAGGGGGAGUGGAAGAGGUUCGCUUGUCUGCGCUGGCUCCUUGCGGAGGCCUUAGGAAGCAAGGGCUGCGGUGGGGAGCCCCGAGCCGCCAGCUGGAGCCGCCUCCGCCAGCAGCGGACAGUGCUGCUUGCCUUUUGCUGUGCUUUGCUGAGGUCUGGUGGAGUUUGCCAAUGCGGCUGCUGCAAGAGACCAAGCCGUGGAGACAGAGACCUCUCCCGCUUGGCAAAGUUGCGCAUCGCGGAGGCGGCGCGAGCCGUGAAUCAGCUGACAGACACCGCAGCUCAGCACGACUGUGCUUUCUGGUACUGCUCUGCAUGCCAGACAAAGUGUCGAUGUGCUAAGGAGAUCAAAGGGCGUGGGGCUCUUAUCAUGCGAGAGAUUUGA